AAAGCCUCCCGCCGUAAAUCAUGGUGAGAUUUACAUUCCACGGAACAAUCUCUCCGAUCUCUCUGACUCUCUUCCUCUCGGAACGAUCACUUCCUCCUUCACUAUUCAAAAUCCGACGGAGACCCAAUAACAAGCAUGUCUAUGAAACCAAAACCCACUUCCAAAAUUUCAGUCUUCACCUUCCUCCUGCUUCUCAGUUUCCUAAUCGUCGUGACCCGUUCCUCCGAUGUCGCCGUCGAAGCUGGAUCCGAGGAAGAAUUAGACGAUCUGGAGCAGCUCCUUGCGGUGGACGACCAAUUGCAGGAAGAUCGGCCGGAGCAACAAUCGGAAGCGGCGACGGUGAGCAGGGCGCAGAGGAUCGUGCUGGAGCUCAACGGAGACAAUACGAAGCGGUUGAUUGAUGGCAGCGAGUACGCGAUGAUCUUGGGUUACGCGCCGUGGUGCGCGAGGAGCGCUGAGCUAAUGCCGAGUUUCGCGGAGGCUGCAACGGGUUUGAAGGAGAUGGGUAGUCCGGUUUUGAUGGCUAAGAUCGACGGCGAUAGGUAUUCGAAAGUCGCGUCGCAGCUCGAGAUUAAGGGCUUUCCAACGCUUCUCCUGUUCGUCAAUGGCACAUCACAGCCUUACACUGGUGGAUUUUCUUCAGAGGAGAUAAUGAUAUGGGUGCAGAGAGACUGGUUGUGCCAACCAUUAAACUAAAUACAGUUGAUGAAGCCUCCAGGAUUUCUGAAAAAGUAUCAUACUUUCAUUGUUGGUCUAUUCGAAAAGUCUGAGGGUUCUGCUGGACAUGAUGAAUUUGUAAAAGCUGCGACAUUAGACAAUGAAAUUCAGUUUGUAGAAACAGGCAGCAUUGAUGUCGCCAAACUUCUCUUCCCUAACCUUAAAACCAACAAUGUGUUUGUUGGAAUGGUUAAAAGUGAGGCUGAAAGGUACACCGCAUAUGAUGGAACUUGUCAAACGGACAAGAUACUCGAAUUUCUGAACAGUAACAAAUUCCCGUUGAUCACAAAAUUGACUGAAUCCAACACCGUCCGUGUUUACUCCAGUCCAGUCAAGCUUCAGGUUAUGGUCUUUUCGAAGCCUGAUGACUAUGAAAAUCUUGCUCAGCCUCUAGAAGAUAUAGCAAGAAAGUUCAAGUCGAAGCUUAUGUUUAUACACAUCGACAUAUCAAAUGAAAACCUGGCAAUGCCAUUCUUGACCUUAUUCGGGAUUGAAGAUGCAAAGAAAACUGUUGUUGCUGCUUUUGACAACAAUCUGAAUUCCAAGUUUUUGCUUGAGUCAGAUCUAUCCCCUAGCAAUAUAGAAGAAUUUUGUUCAGGACUUGCGCAUGGAACCGUCUCACCUUACUACAAGUCGGAGCCAAUUCCAGAUAACCAAAAUGGAACCGUAGUGGCUGUGGUUGGCAGGAGUUUUGAUGAACUGGUCUUAAAUAGCCGCCAGAAUGUUCUUCUUGAGGUGCACACGCCAUGGUGUCUUACCUGUGAGACUAUGAGCAAACAGGUGGAGAAGUUGUCGAAGCACUUUAAAGGGUUUGAGAAUCUUGUCUUUGCGAGGAUAGACGCUUCUGCAAACGAGCAUCCUAAUCUAAAGGUUGAUGAUUAUCCGACAAUCUUGCUUUACAAAACCGGUGAAAAGGAAAAUCCGGUAAAGUUGUCGUCAAAAUCCAGUGCAAAGGAAAUGGCCGUUUUUAUCAAUGAAGAGUUGAAACCGAAGGACCGGUCAGCUAAAGAUGAGUUGUAGAAGCAUCUGGAAUCUGAUAAUAUAGGGAUCAAAUUAUUGUUGUUUGUUGAAACCAGAGGAAGUAAUGUAAUGGAGCUUUCGAGGAAAGUACACAGAUAGAAACCAUAAUGUGACAGUUUAGCUAUAACCAGAAGAAAUAUAGCGGAGUUUUGAAAA